UUUUCAGUAGCAUUUAAAAUUACCGAGUUAAGUCAGCUGUUCAAAAACCCAGUAAAAUUUUACCGACUUCGGUAAUCGAAACUAACAGUGUACACGCUUAGUUCAGUUUACCUAUAAAUAGGUACUUGAUUCACCCAUAUUUGGGUAACCGGCGCAUUACCAAUAAUAUGGGUGAACUGUACGGAGAAAAUCGGUAAAUUUCACUCAUAUUAUCAGUAACCCGACUUUACCCAAAUAUGGGUGAGAAGGAAUUACCAAUAUUUGGAUGAAAAAAGCGACUUUCAUUUUUCAGUCAGUCAGCUCAGUGUUGUGUGUUUAUUAAGUUUCACAAUAUUCGGUCGCACGAAAAACGACAAAGUUUGCCGUAUCCAUAUAAGAUUGGUUCUACCGAUUAUGCCGGUUAUGUAAUUAUCUGUUCCGUAAGUUCUGGAUAUUGGAUCUGCUAUGAGUACGAAAUACCAUACAAGAAGGCAGAAGUGGACCACUUCACGCGAUUUUCUGCGGCUGAUGUCGGAUCAACUGGAUGAUGGAAUACAUACGAGUAAACAAAAAUCAUGCGGGGAAAACCCCCAUUUCAGCAGUAUGAUAAACAGCCGAAGCAACGGCAGGCGGCAGGGACCGGAGGUCAAGUUCAGCAAGCAACGAUCGUCGUCUGUGGUGUUGGAACCAGUGCGAGUCCGACCGUGGCAACACUUGUGCAAGCCUCAUCAAUACAGGCCGGACGCGCCCAGCCUGUGGUCUCGACCCCAGCCCGAGUCAGCAGCAAAUUGUGAAGGCCAUAGUUGCAAGCCCUUUAAAUCAGAACAUUAUCACCCAGCAACAUCAUCCAAACAGGCAGUACAAGUGCAAUCAGUCGGACAGAAGGUCUCAGUUGCUACGGUUAGUACUAGUUACAAGUUGCGCAGCCGGCAUCUAUUGCCGCUGGUGGACAAAUCGUGCUGGGGAAGACCAGUGUCGGACGGUUCUUUCCGGUGUCAGUGUCACAACAGACCAACCAACGACAGAUCGUUCAAGUUGUGACCGCAACUUCGGCUGCACAAGCAAAUGCAGCUGGCAACAUCCGAGCCCAUGUUCCUACUCAGAACAUCGGGAACAUUAAGGUGACCGCCGGAGCGACUUCAGCUCAGCAACAGCAGGCUAUUCUGACUGAAUUUCAAAAUCAGCAGCGCUCAACUGCAAGCUCAGUGAGAUUGCAAACGUCCAGCGGAUCAUUAGCGAUGGUAGCGGAGGCACCCGCUACCAGUGCAGCCGAGCUGCAGCAACAGACGAAACAAGUUGUUACACCUGUAUAUCUCAGGCGCAACAGCAACAAACGCAAACCGCAACCCAAGUUCUGCAAAUUCAAACAAUUUUAUCGACUCGAUCGGGUGCGAAAUGCCAUUUGAAACAAUGAGUGAUAUACAACCAGAAUCUUUAUCGAAAUGAUUUCCCAGGAGUACGCUGAAUACCAGGUCGAACGAUUAUUUUGUAUAGAACGUACGAUUAUCUCUAUCAUGACCAGUCUCUGUGAAGUGUUAGGGUAUCAGACUAGCUGAAACCUAUUAGUAAAUUAGAUAUGAAUGUUUUAUAAAAUAUAAUGAAUAAAUUGUCCUUUGGUUUAUCCUCGG